AUGGACUACACCAAAGUGCUCAACAUAAUCAAUAUAUCCAUUCUAAUUAACAAACUGGAAACCACCUUAGGUCCUAGACAUUACCUGUUGCCAAUCAUUAGAGAUCUUCCCACUAACAACAGGGUGGAAAUACAUGAUGGUACUAAUAAGUCCAGCCUGAUACAACAAACAGUUAGAGAGUUGCAAGGUGACCCACUGAGCCCCUUACUCUUCAUCUUAGUUAUGGCAGACAACAUUGAGACAAUAAAACCUGACAAUGUAAAUCUACUCAUGUAUGCAGAUGACAUGGCAUUAACCUCAGUUUCUCAGGAUGAUCUGCAGAAAACUUUCAACCAGUUAGUGUACUGGGCACAAGAAAGACCUAUCCUUGAAUGA